AUGGCAAAGGCGCCGUUUCGAAUACAAUUAUGGGGAGUUCAAGAUGAUUUCUGCACCAAGCUAUUUGGACAGAAGCUUAUUACUGCAACGAUUGGGCAGGUUAUGGAAUCGGGCAUUUUUGCUUGUAAGGAUACCGGGGAACGGUUUAUCAAAGUCAAUACUACUAUCGACUUCUCCAAGCCAAUCCGAUCGCAGUUGAUGGCGAUCAGUGAGGAUAUUGAAGGCUUCUGGGUGAAUCUCAAGUAUGAGUUCUUGCCCAGCUUUUGUUUCCACUGCGGCCGUGUCGGCCAUGCACGCCGGGAUUGCAACUUUGAUCCGCCAAAUCGUAAGGAGCGGUUCGGACCGCACAUGAUUACGAAGAAAGUGGGCCGAAAAAUUUAUGAGGAAGAAGGCAAUGAGUUUCCCCUCGGGGGAUCCGGCCGUUCGGUGUGGAUAAACCGCCAGAAUCGGACUAUCCCGAUGGCGGUAAAGGGGGAGUCUAGCUCGGGACCGAGGAAGUUCAACCAGCCGGCGUUGAAGCCUGCUCCUUCCCAGGCUAUAUCUGGAGCGGUCUCCUUUGAUGAACCCGAUUCGUUCAGGGGAAGUGGGCAGGGUCGUUCACCGCAUCGGCGAGGCAGUCCUGGUGGGAUUAUGCUAAACCGACACCCCAAGCUCAGAUUGGGAAAUAAUAGGCAGAAGCAGGUGGGCUCCAAGAAGGGAGUAAGGAUGGCGGACACUAAACUUCCGGCGAUGGCAGUUUCUCCGCAACCCAGUUCUCCGGGCCGGGCGGACUUGAUUUCGAACCGAGGGUAUGGGGAGGAACAGCCCACUGGAGUCCAUGCGGAAACGCGGCACCGACGCCUGCUCCUCGAAGAUGACUCAGAUGAUGAUAUGGUGGAUGUGGCGCCACUGCCGACGAGUAGUGGGCUGGGAGUGAAGCUGGAGGGAGCCCCGAUGCAUCCAAAAAAUUUUAUUGCCCCGCCGGCGCCAGGGGCGUUAAAGCCAGGAAAAGGGAAGGCUCGCCGGUCCAAGGAUCCCCCGCGGCGCAAAGCGGGAGGGAGGGCUGAAUUGCGAAGGAUGGGGGAGGUGAAUGAGGCUACCCAGCUCCCGGAGGAAACUGUUGAGAUAUCGGCGGGGCAGGCUGCUGCUAGUGGCGCUCCUAGGAUGGGGAAUGAGACUCCCAUGAAGCGAAAGCCCAGCCGGGCAAAGAAUCCCUUGCUGCAGACGGAGGUUGAUGAAGCGCCUCCUGGUGAUGACUCGAUGGUGGAGGUGCGAAAGAUGAAAUCCAAGCCAGUGGCUUCGCGUGGCAGGCGGCUGCUGUUGAAGACAAAAUCGGCGAAAGAAAUGGCGGAGGGGAUGCGUGAUGUUGAUGCAAAGGUGGGUGCGGGGCUGGUUGACUAUGAACAACCCGACCCCGACAACCAGAAGGGCGUUAUAGAGGCUUCCCAGUUGGCGGAUAGCGAGUCGGAGGAAUCUGCGGUGGGUGCGGAGUCCCAGAAUUUUAUGAUAAAAAAAAGAAGCCCUAUAGCUGCUCCUCGACAGCAUUGCAGCACCUCUACCGGUCGGGUUAGCCAAGUGGUAGCAGCUUUUGAAGGAGGGUUGACUAUUGCUGAUGAGGGGAUGGAACAGCCCAUGGGUGUUGGCAUAAUUGAUGUACCUGGUUCUGAAGAGACCAAGCGUGGAGAGCUAGAUGCGGGGAGUUUUGAUGAGUAUGGCUCAAAUAUGCUGAUCCCGCCGCCUGGAGUUCUCAAGCGUCCUCUUGAGGUGGUGGAGGGGGAGUUGGGCAUCCCGCCCACCCCCAAGAAGCAGUUCGUGGAAGUUGAUGAGGAUCCUGGAAAGGUGGAGGUAGCCAGCCUGGAGUGGCCCCAACCGGAUAAAUGA